GAUGCAUACUAUUCAGGGGCUGUUUUCUUCAGCAGGCAGCUGGUGAUCUCUCUUCCUGUAUUCAUGGGGCAGUUUUGAGGGGGUGGUAAGAAAAGGAAGAGGGGAAGUAGUCCUAGGUGCCCGGGCAGCCCUCUUGGUUCACAUAUGCAAACUUUACGAGUGAUCUCUUGACUUGUGGUGUGAUCUGCUUAGUGUAAGUUAUGUUUCAAGCAGUGCUUCCUGAGGAGGAUGUGGGAGUCGUGCAAAGGCAGGAGGAGAUCCCUCAGAUGGGGUGGAUUCUGUGUCUGCUGUUCUCAUCUAACAGUCAGGAGAUUUGGCACUGGCCAGGAAAUGGAAACCCAGCCUCUGUCUUGUGCAGCCUUAAUUUUAUGUGUUCAGCAACCUAAUCUUGGUGGUAGAUUGUUUAAUACAGAAAAAGUUAUGUGAAAGGUGAGAAGAAAUGAAGUGCUAGGACCAAGGCUUUGUUCUGCUGCAAAGAGAGCUUUGGAGAGUUAGAGACAGAUCUUUAAUGUUUUUAAAUAUGAUGGUAUCUUCUACUUCCCUUGGAAAGCGGGACUCUUCUUAGAGGUAAGCAGGACUUACCUCUUCUCGACAAUGAAUGAACAUCACUGUGUUAUUAUUGGUACAUGCCUCUUCAUCACCUCUAGCAAUAUAUCUGGGCAAUGCAAAUGAUGAAUAUUUGAUGGACUAAAGGAAUGUAUUAAUGAAAUUAUGCCCUGUCUUUUGUUUCUGUUGCCAGUAGUUGUUUAAAGCGGAGAGUGCCAGAGUUCAACUAACCUUCAAUUAAAAACCAAGAGAAGGAACGGUUUGCUUCUUGGUUUGUCAACACUGUGUAGUGUCUCCAUUCACCAUCAACUGGUCAGAAUACCCACGGUUUAUUUAUCAGUAAAAUGGGAAAGAUCAAGUGAACCUUCUAGUCUGGCUUUAUAGUUUUAGUGGAAAUUGCUGAGCAAUAUGAAUGCAUUUACAAGUGUAUAUUUGUGGGUAUACGUUUGUGUACCCAUAUAUUUCUAACCCUGCUCAGAUUUAAACUACUCUUCAGUAAGAGUUCUCAGAGAUGAAAUUGCAGGACUUGUCAGCUCUUGCUACACCUUUUUGAAGAGCAUAUAGUUGAAAAGUCAAGGCAUAGAUCUACCAGUUGCCAUGCUUCCCUGAUAGCACAGCAAGUCCCCUCAUCAUAAGAAGGAAAAAAGUCUGUCUCAACUCAAACUCUUGAUGUGAGUUACACAAGAUGCAACGUUAUGCCAGUAUGAGAGGUCCUGGCUCUGUUCCAGAUUGUAGAAACUGGAUUUGCAAUUGCCUUAUUUACAAGGUCUUUGGGAUGGGAUGAUGUCACCCUUUGUACCUAUCUGGUAUCUACCAUGAUGAGGCCUUGAUCCUGGCUGAGGGUGCUGGCUGUUUGAUGAAUGCUGAACUGGGAAGCAACCAUAAGAAACCUGAAUUUCUAAUGCACUUUGAAACACUUGAGCUCAAACAAACUGAUACUUAUAAAACCACCAAGACAUUUGCCACUUGUCACUAGCUCUUAUGCAGUCAUUGGUAUGUCAGUUCUCUUCCAGUUCUUCCACCCUUGGCCUAUGACAGAGCAAACUGCCUGCUUAUCUGUCACACUUGCAACUGGAACUGAGCUGCUCUGGGCUUAGAAGAAGUUGGUUGGUUCUAAGAUCAAGGAUUUUCUGACUCUGGAAGGACAGCAAAUAAAACACAGUCCUUUAUACUGAGGAGUUUGAAAGGGAAUGAUUCUAGGUCUUAGGAGAGAAAACACAGCACUGUCUGUGUGUGUCUGGAGUUGCCUUUUCCUUCUGUCUCUCUGAAGAGAGUAGACAAGCAGAAGUAUAAUUGCCCAUGGUGUGGAGCAUCCCCAGGCAGUGGAGGCAGACUGGCUCUUGCCUCAUCUCUCUACUGAGUCUGGGAGCUCUGCAUCACUGCUGGCAAAUGCAGAGCAAGGACUGCUGCUCUUCCUAACAUAGGCUUCCUGGGGAUUCAUCCACAUCCUCUGCUUCAUUGACUCGGAGGACAUAAGGGAAGAGGAGAAGGGAAAGCAGUAGAAGGCUGAGCAGAUGCAGGAGGUGGAGGCUCUGCUGGAUAGUAAUGCUGAGACAAGCCUGUCCUCUUCUACAGAUUGUGCUUUCUCUCUAAGCUUUGAAACCAUUCAUGGAAGCUGAUGGGAAUGCCCUUGUUCCCUUGCGUCAGAAGGCAAAAAAGAAAAGUCAAGGGUUCUUUAUAAUGAGUCGACGGAGGAUAUCAUGUAAAGAACUGGGGCAAGCUGAUUGCCAAGGAUGGCUCUACAAAAAGAAGGAAAAGGGAGCUUUCAUUGGCAACAAAUGGAAAAAGUUCUGGUGUGUGCUGAAGGAGUCAUCGCUGUAUUGGUACAGCAGUCAGCUGGCUGAAAAAGCAGAAGGUUUUAUCAGACUUCCAGACUUCAGCGUGGACAGAGCAACGGAGUGCAAAAAAAAGCAUGCUAUUAAGAUCAGCCACCCACAGAUCAAGACAUUUUAUUUUGCUGCAGAAAAUGUUCUGGAAAUGAACACGUGGCUUAGCAAGUUGGGGGUGGCUGUAGAUCCUCAGGCACCCAAUGGAAAGAGCGAAGAAGAAUGUUAUAGUGAAAGUGAACAUGAUGACCCAGAAAUAACAGACACACCACCUUCCCCAUACGUGGCCCAGUCAUCACCUCCUCAGUUGCAGGAUCAACAGAAAUUGUCUUUGACAUCAACACUGUCGAGUGAAGCAUCUUGUUCUCUUUCCUCUCCUGAAAGCACUUUCAAUUCCCAAGAAUCAUCAUCUUCCUUGACGUCCAAAUUGGUUUAUUCUGAGAGGCAGUCCCUGCUGGACUUUGUUAACAGCUCUGCCACGGAAGAAAGUGAUCAGCCUUUAACCUUCUGUGUGCAGAUUCAAUCUGAUGAGCAGCCAGAAGUAGACUGUGAAGAAACAGCAGAAAGCCAGAUCUGCCCUGGUAGUGGACCUGAAAACACUUUCUUAGGUUUGGAUACACACUGCUUGACUGUGCCAGAUGCAGCAGGACAGAUAUCACUUGCCAAAGAUCAUGAAAAAUGUGAUGAUGAUGAGAUGGAGAGACUUUACAAGUCAUUAGAACAAGCAAGUCUGUCUCCCAUUGGUGAUCGUCGGCUGUCAACCAAGAAGGAGCUUAGGAAGUCAUUUAUCAAACGCAGCAAAAACCCCUCCAUUAAUGAGAAACUGCACAAAAUUCGAAUGCUGAACAGCACAUUAAAGUGUAAGGAACAUGACUUGGCUACAAUUAACCAGUUGUUAGAGGACCCAAAAUUGACGGCAAUGAAGUACAGAGAAUGGAGGAACACAAACAUCAUGCUAGUUCAAGACAUAUAUCAGCAACAGGAGGUCCAAGAUGUGUCUACAGAGAACAGCGAGGAGCAAGAGACAACUCCAAUGCCUGUCACUGAAAGUGUGAUAUGAAGCUAUAGAUUGACAGUUGAUUGCAAGACUUUUUUUCCCCUAAGGGUCUUCACACACAGACACUAUAAACUUCUGCAUUGUGAGGUGUUUUUUUUGUUUGUUUUUGGUUUUUUUUUGCCAAACUUUCUUCAUAAGAAAAACAACCCCUUCUCCAAAACUUACUUUCCUUUUGCAAAUUCCUCCAAAUUAAAAAAAAAAAGGAUACCUGAAUCUGGGCUAAGAAGAAUAUUUUAUGAAGCACUGAAUAAAUGUUUUUCCAUAUUGGGAGAAGUAACUGGUAUAUGUGCAAUUCCUGGAAGUCACAGUGCUGUAUGAUAUGAACUGUAUAGAUGUCAGAUUCUUAGCAUUGUAUUAAUAAUCGAACUUACUGAUAAAAGAAGCUACAACAGUGCCAACAGGAUUUAGUCUUCUCUCUACAUUUUGAACCUGCAAAGUAACUCAAAAUUUGUGUAUGUAUUUUUUUAUCUCUACAUUCAUUCACUUUGACUGCUCUACCAGUUUACACCAAGACAAACUGAGUAGAAAUUAUGCAUAAAUUUUUACUACAUGCCACUCUCAGGCACCCAGUUUUGUCAUGCCGAUGUUGUACGACACUGACAUUUAUUUAUGGACAAGACAAAAGUACUGCUGUUCCUCAUCAAGAAAAGAAGGUCUCUUUUUGUUUGGUAACAUGUAAAUCACUCUUCAGUGAGGUAAAUAGUACCUCAACAUAUUUCAACUUUUCUUAUGGAUUUGGCAGAACUUCCUGGAAGACUACUUGUUCCUUUUAAGGAAGCAUGAAUAUGUAGGAUACAAGUUCACUCCAGACUCCUAAAUCAAGCACGGUGAUCAAGUUUGAAAGCCAGAAGCUAAAAACUUAAAUUCCUGAUGUGAAAAACAUAAAGCAUAGCUGCAAAUGCAUUUGUAAAUAUAUGUCAUUUUAUGGCUUAUAUGAAUGUGACUAUGAAAUGUAUAUAUGUUUUAUUUAUAUAUUUAUAGAUGCUGAAUUUCCUAAUGUUGAUAGGAUCACAUGGACUAGACCCACUUAGAGAGUGCUUGCAUGAUGACUUGAAAUGCCUCUUUGUUCCAGUAUGAAUCACUGUAAGGCCUCUUGAACUGAGAAUACCUUGGUACUUCUACUGUGACCACUUUUUCUGUUUUCAAUUUAGCUUUGUGAUUCAGAUGAAGAAAAUCUGUGUAUUUUAAGGCAGGUAUAUAAGUUUUCUAGAAAACUUUGGGGUUUCUUUUUGGAUAAACAAGAACGAACACAUUAAGAGAUUUUGCUACAGGAUCAUACCAAUUUGGAAUCACCGCGUCCAAUACAGGGUUUUUUUUUGUUGUUGUUGUGGUUGUUUUUUUUGCCUUUCCAUAGUCAACAUGACUGCAAGUAGGAGGAACUGAGUGCUCAGUUUUGGAAAAUCAAGAAUUAACCUACCAUACCCCAAUUAAUGCCAUUACAAUGUACGGUGGGAAUCCGCUCUUCUGUUUGCUAUCUUGUAAAGAUAUUGUCAUUUGUUUUUAAUGGGGUUUAUCUUUUAAAGCAAAAUAUAGCAUAUUCACCUGUUACUAUCAGAGAUGUAUUUUACUGUUCCUUGAUCAAGAAAACAAAUGUUAGUGACAUUAAAUAUUUUCCACCUGCUUAGCAAUACUUCCAAUGUUUGAGAGUGCACUGUUAAUGGUCAGCAGGUUUCCUUUGAUACAGACAUUACUGGAGAAGGGUUGAGCAGAUGGUAGCUGGUUGAAUGCAGAGCUGCUCUCAGGAUGGUAUCAUUGCCUCAAAUAAAAGGUUUUGAGAGUGUAA